GAUGCGGCCGCACGCAGCGUCAGCAAAAUCAUCAACAGCAUCAUAACCAACAACACGAAGUGGGACUAUCAAGUGGACCCGUGGAGGCUGAAAAUGUGGUGUUGUUUUUCAACUUCGUCCAUUUUGUCGUUCAUUCUAAAUCGCUUCAGAAUUCGUUUCUGAUCUUUCCGCUACUCUUUUACAUUUUGUUCGUUUUUGGAUGAAAACAAAAAGAAAGAUAACAACAAACAGACAGGGGGAUUUUCCCGGUAGUCAAAACGCGACGUUUCGCUGUCGCGCAGCUAAUCAUUCGUCGAUCUUGUGAACAAAUUUAAAGUUGAUUAAGGGUGCUCACUUUGGCCAGUCGAAAUGGCGGAAGCAAAUGGCAGCCAUCGCCUUCGAACAGUCAGCCGUAGUGAGAUAAUGCAGUGCAGUUUUCCUGUGUGGUAUUACCAGUUCGAGAAAGUGACCCCAUUGUCGUUUAUCACGCCACUCCCGGCGGACUUCGUCGAAUAUUUGCUUUCGGAUGAUACUCUCCGAUUGCCCGGUAAGCCAUAUCAGUGGAACCGGAAGACACAAAAGGACAACAGUCAAGAGGACAACGACUCUGAUGUAUCUUGGUCGGACGUAGAAGAUGACGAUGAGCUCGGUGAAGGUGCAACCGACGUCCCUGCCUUCGAAAAGCUGUCGCGUUGGGUUUCGAAAAAAAUCCGAAAGUUAGGCGGCCGUUGCUUUCCGAAAUUGGACUGGAGCUGCCCCAAGGAUGCAUCUUGGAUAGGCCUUAACAAUUCACUAAGCUGCAGCACUUUUGUGGAUGUGUGCCUUCUGUUAAAAAGUUCAUCAUUUGUGAUCCACGAUCUUACAAAUCCAUUCGAAUAUUGUGACGACACAAUUCCACUGGAUACCGCAUGUCACGAAACGGUUGCUGAGAACAUUAUAGGCGGAGAAGCUGCUUCGUGCAUACCUCACCAUCUGGUACUACGAAAAUGGGUAGAAAUUGAACCCUCAUUUGAAUUCCGUUGUUUUGUUCACCACCGGGAACUGACUGCUAUCUCGCAGAGGGAAAUCAGUCAGUAUUACGGGUACAUCAUCGAGCAACGGGAUCAGAUUGUAAAUGACGUAAUGUCCUUUUUCAAGGAAUACAUUCAAGACCGUUUCCCUCUAGAAAAUUACACCUUUGAUGUAUAUCGUUCACGCAAGGACUACGUUCGACUACUCGAUUUUAAUCCUUUUUGCGCUCAAACCGAUGGACUACUUUUCGAUUGGAACGAAUUAUAUAAACUGAAGGCGGAUAAUGAUCAACCGGAGUUCCGUUAUCACACUGAUGGUGUAAGCCUUCGACCGGGAAGCUACCGGCAGUACUCGUUGCCGGACGAUGUUCUUCACUUUUCAAACGGCUCAAGUGCCGAAAAGCUUGUUGAUCUUAUGAGAAUACAUGACGUCCAGAAGCCAAAAAAAAGCGAAAACCUACCCAAACGCGUAGCAAAAAAAAGCACAGGAAAAAAUUCUACUGAAAGUGGCACCGCUAAAGAUAGAACAUAUAGUAGCAGCAGCGCGACGAGUUCAGGUAGUAAAAACUAAAUGAUCAAAUAUUUGUUCUGAUCAGCCAUUGCACUCUAAAAGAAGGCAGUGAGCAAUGCUAGUGCAAAUUUUGAAGAAAUUAUUUUUCUUCGGCACUCUGACGCCCGAAGCGAUGGAUAAUACACGGUAAUAAGUUAAUAAAUGUAUUAUGCAGUGUUUUGAGCAA